AUGUCUUACAGCACCCACCGCUACCCCGUCAAGCGCCCGUCCCGCCGCACCCUCGCUUUCAUCGGCAUACCAGACCAAAGAGACGUGUUCGCUAUAUAUAUUCGCUGGGCGCGCCAGCGAUACUACCGAGUGCACCACGUAAUGCACCACGAGGCCCCGUCGUCAGCUGUGUGCACGCGUAGCCCUGACGAUGCGCUUGACGUGCACCUCGGUGGAGACCCUGCGAACUCUCUGCCGAGCCUGCAGUUCGAUGUGCAGAGGCUUAAUACCGAUCUGCUGGGAAUGGGCUCGGGACUUGACGGCGUUGACGCGUCGGUGCUUGGGUACCCCAGUGAGAUCGACUUCAUUGGGUGA